ACACGGGUUAGUGUCCGGGUGUGAUUCAACGAUUACCUGACUGUCAGUGUCAAGAACGAGAAGAGACAGAAUGAAACCUGCAGUGGAUGAAAUGUUCCCAGAGGGUGCUGGCCCGUAUGUGGAUCUAGACGAGGCAGGGGGCAGCAGCGGCCUACUCAUGGACCUCGCAGCUAAUGAAAAAGCGGUGCACUCGGACUUUUUUAACGACUUUGAAGAUCUGUUUGAUGACGACGACCUACAGUGAAAGAAACCUUGUGACGUUGGUGUGUGUGUGUGUGUGUUUGAACAUGGACGCUACCACUUUACCUGAAGAAAGAUGUCCACUGCUUGUGAGCGAUGUUGCUAUGUCCCCUCCAAAGUGUUUGUUGUAAUAAAGCUUUCUGUUUCUAACCCAGCCAUGUUGAACCAGAUGUCUGAAUUCUGAGAAUCCCACACAUUCCAGUGUUGGGCUAAAUUAUGAGUAUGGUUUUGCUGUUGUCGUGUUUUAGUCUGCUCUUGGUGGGAUUGCAGGUUUUGUGGGCGCACAGAAACACCUGUUGGCGACCGUAAUUACACACACGAUACAUGGAACUAUAAGGUAUGGACAGGACGAGGCAGGUAAAGGUUGGUAAAACGUGGAAAUGCUUAAAAAUACGAGGGAGAUAAAACAUUGAUGUUCACAAUCCUUGAGGUCACUUGCUGACAGCUGAAGCAGAUGCGUUCUUUCAGCCUGAUUAAGCUUCUAAUCCAAACUCUGAUUACAAAUCGCACACUAUUUACUUAACAAAGAUGAUUUAUUCGCAGGUUUUAAUGACCAAUGUUUUUCAUUGCUGUUUUGCUCCCAUCUGUGUGGAAUAGGGAGCUCUGAUGGUCGAUGUGGUUGAUGCUACAUGGGCCCCAUGCAGCAUGGCCUUGUUGAGGUCAAUUCACAGACAGUUUAAUACAUUUCAUGUUCACUCAAUGCUUGAGAGGUAAAUAAAUUAAAUUCAUUCAUUUGAAUGAAAAUCUGCUUUGAAUUACUUCUGGUUCCGGUUUGAAUCAUAAGUUACACAAUUGAAAUGGAACUGCAUAUCUGUUCUUUUGUUUCAAGGAUGUAAGAAUGACAAGGAAAUCCAAUACCAUCUGGCAAAGUAAUUUUACAACAGAUUCCUUGUACAUAUACAUGAGGGUAACAUUGGAUGCAGUAAGGUUGUGGUCCACAUGAAAAGACAAUGGACAAUGUGCCACGUAAUAUUACAAAUCCGUUACCUGAAUAAUCAUUGUUGAGAUGGUUUGGUGGUUCAACAAUGUGUGUGUGUGUGUGCAUAUGCAUACAAAUUAACUGUUACAGAGCCAACGUGUCUGAACGCAACAGACUUGAGAAGGAAACUGUAGAUUAUGAAAUUCCUGAUGGUGAGACCAGCUGUCACGGUCAGACUGCCUGUGUGAGAAUGGGCUUGUCUGCGUGUGUCAUGCAUGAUUCUGAGCUUGUGUGUGUGAGUAAGGUGUGUGUGCUAGAAAUCGGUGGUCUCAAUCACCAAGGGGGGCUGACUGAAGUGCUUAUGUGGCACCUUACACGCAUGCACAUGUUAUGCUUCUUCUACGUUUUUUUCUUCAUUUUCUCCUUCUCGUUCAAGGUAGGUGUCGUACAUGCGCAUACAAACAACCUAUCUUUUUUUUCCCCCCUCAAAUAUGACUUCCAUCCUCUCUCUCUCUCUCUCUCUCUCUCUCUUUCUCUUUCUCCAUUUCUGUCUAGGUAAUUAGUUUAUCUACCAUUGGUCAGACAGCUUGGAGGGCAUCAGCCAAUCACAGGUCUUCUUGAAGUGCCACUCAACCUUCGGGGAAACCUUUUGUGUGUUAAUGAACUGUGUGUGUGUGUUACUGAUGAGAGGUCUGUUUAAAACCAACCAAACCCUUCUACCAGAGCACAGUCUGUCAGAGGGGCAAGAAAGACUGGGCAUUCUGGAAGUUUCUCACACACACUCACACUGCUGGGUCAAACUGAGUUACUUGUCCUUGAAGCUUGAACAGACCACCUCAACCCAAGAAUCUACAGAGACAUUUCUACACCCAGGUAAGACAGAAACUCCCCCACACACACAGCCACAAAUUCUGUUUACCUGGUGCAGAUAAAACUUUAAUCCUAGACACCUCAAACAGAUUUGGGUGAUAUUCAACGUUUAUAUGUUUUUAUCAUGGUCUAGCUCACUACUAUUAACCAGACUGGAGCCCUAGUCAGUAGUACGGUGUUGAGGUCCUGGUUAUAGUGAACUGUGGAUGGUGUUAACAGCCUGUGUAGCUGUGCUGUAAGACAGACCAGAAAUGUCAGGUCAGUGAAGAAUACAGUCUAUCCUGAAGCACCUGGAGUAGGUAAAUGGCUUAGAUUACCCCCCCUGAAGCUGAUAUGGAAACCUUUUGGAGGUUUGAGGAGGUUUGAGGACAGGACUGUAUGCCCUUAUGGCCUUACGGGUACAUGAAGAGCACACACUAUCAUGUCAGGUUUCGAAGGGUCGAACAUCGUCAUCUUUGCUCUGUGUGGUGAGCAUUUUCUCAUGUGUGUGUGUGUAUGUGUGGAUGUGUGUUUGGUCUUCUCAGGAGAGGGGGAGGUAGAGUGAUGGCUGCAGAAAGAAUGUCUUUCUCCUGUCUAUUAACAACAGCUCUUCUGGCUACAAUCCUACUGCCAGAAUUCCUUUCUGCUGGACCUAUUGUUCAGAACCUCAAAGGAGAUGAAGGACAUGCCAGUGAUGCUACCGUUGCUAUGGCGUCACCGAGGAGACUAGUCCGUAACCGUAGAAACAUCAGCUGGUACAAACAGCACGCUGACUUCUGGAGCUGGUACAAGUUCUUCACAGACAAUGGCAACCAGGAGGCAGUCCAGGAGCUGGACCGGGUCUACCUGGCCUACCUCCAGAACAAGAACCGAGCCGAGGGCCGCCGCUCCUACAAGGCCUACCUGAGCCACCUGGGGGAUAUUUACAAGUCCUGCGCCGAUUCCGAAGACCCCAACUGUGUGGCCUCCUACACCAGCAGACCCAAGCCUGAGGCCCCCAAACCUGCCCCCAAACCCGCCCCCAUCAAAGUAUGUGACCCCUACAGGGAUCCCUACUGCCUGUAUGCUGCCCUGGCAGCCCAGACCAAGGGCCCUGCCCCCGCCCCCGCCCCAGUCAAAGCCCCCGCCCCCCUGUACGUGCGCUCGCCCGUAGCGGUGAAGGACCCCUGGUCUGGGUACUACUUCUACGCCCCUAGCGUGGAGUCUUUCCUGUCUAAGGAGCAGAAGUCGGAGCUGCUGCGUAUCUGUGCCUCCGAGGACGUGGAGUGUCUACAGUACCACCUGAGGGCUGCCUACGGCUACAAGCCCUCUGCCGGAGCCCUGCCCUCCUACGCCCACCUGGGCUGCAACCCCAAAACGGACCCCAACUGCAAGCCCCAGCUGGUGCAGAAAGCCCCCAGCGGCCUCUACCUGCGCUACCCCAACUGUGACCCUCAUAGGGACCCCUACUGCGCCUACGCUGCCUCCCUCCAGGCCCCCCGGGCCCCAGCCCCCCCCGCCCAGGCCCCCGCCGGUCCCGGCUCCUGUAACCCCUUGUUUGAGGAUGGCUGCAACCCUCUGACCGCCACCAAGUACGCCACACCCCCCGAGGAGUUCCAAGAUGAGCAUCGAGAUGAGGCUGCCGCCAUGCGUGCCGGCAAUGCUAAUGCUAACGAUCCCUUUGCCAUGUACCGCCAGGCCGCGGCGGCUGCAAUGCACCGCAGGGCCCCUCCGGCACCCAGGCAGCAAUAUCCCGCCCCCCCACCCCACUACGAGGAGCCCCCCCAGGAGGAUCGCCACCCCCUGGGCCCCCGAGGGAAGACCAAGGAAGGCUAUGACUGCUUUAUCGGCUAUGACCAAGAGUGCUACCCUCUGAAACCCAGCGAGCCCCGCUCCGGUGCCCACCGCCACACCGCCUACCCCGCAGAGCCCUACGAGCCCCACCUCAACGCCGACGGGAGCAGGAGCGGCGUGAGGGAGCCCACCAACCCCGACUGCGACCCCGAGUACGACUCCGACUGCCGCCUGAGUCGCUACGAGCCCGAGCAGCCUGCCGAGGCCCGUCCAGAGCACCAUGCCGAGGCUGACCACCAGGGGGCAGCGGACCAGGGUGAGCACCACUACCAGGGGGCAGGAGAGAGCGAGCAGGAGCAGUACGAGGCGGAGCCCUACCAGAGCGGGCAGGAGGAGUCCUACGGGGCCUACCCCCCCCACUCACAGGGCAUGCCCAGCUUCCAGGACAUGUUGAGGGGAUACGGGGACCAGUACCCAGAGCAGGGGGAUCACAGGGCCUACGCAGAUGACUACCGCAAGAAAUAAACACACACGCACACACAACCUAGCCUGCACACAACGGACUAACACACACACACACGUACACAACCUAGCCUACAUGUAAUGGACUAACACUUACACAUAUAAUUCACACAGACCAAGAGCGUAUCCUUAAAACAACCCCACGGUACUACUAUACACACACACGUAUAAAAACAUGCACACACAUAUACAGACACACACACAACCAGUCAAACUGGCGAAAGUUUGGGGCAGAAUUAUUGAGAGAAAACGGACGAAACAGGACUGGUGCCAGAGGAUGUCUGGAAGUCUGACACACAAAGGAACACACGUUGCUGAUAGCUGUAGGAGCACGCUUAGCUGGUAGGCGGUGCUGAUGAGAAGUUCUGUAGCUGUUUUACAUGUGACGGUUUCACCUGGCCCUUUGCUUUGCAGAAUCACUUCCCAACUCACUGGAAUAUUUAAUGAAUUGUGAAAGCUCAGCUUCGCUUCUGCAUCUAUAAAACUCAUUUUUUGUUUGUUGGUCUUUUGCUUUUGUUACUGAUGUAUUAUGUAAAGUUUUUUUCACUUUUGAAUGUUCCAAUAAAAGCUUUGAAAGUC